GCAGGCGGAGCGGGGAGCAGCCUUGCGCCGAAAGGGCUCAGGCUGGUUGGUCGGGACGCCUGACAAGUCCCGCAGAAAACUUGAGAGGGGCAAAGUCCAGCCUGAGCGUGAGGGGGGAGACGGCGUGGAAGUUAAUGUGUGAGAGCGUGCUGGUAACUCAAUCACAUGUCAUUUUAAAGAAAUGCUCCAAAGAUGGCGGUGGUAAUAACGACGGGAGUUUCAGGUGCCUCCGGAGUGCAAAAAAGUGGAUUUGUGGAGGUUUGGGUGCGGGAGCGGUGGCACAAAGUUUUGGUCAACUUGAACGAGGAAGCGCUCACGUUGAGCUGCGAGGAGAGCUGCGUUAACGACAGCGUGAACGAAAAUGUCAACUCCAACGGCGUUACCAACGGAUCUUACCUUGACAACAAUAACGCCAACUCCAACAACGGCCCCCAAACUGUGCGCAACGCGUUCACGGACCUCCCGGAGCGAGUGCCCGAGGCGAUCGCGAACAGAAAGCGGUGCGUUAAGGUGACCAAGCAGGAGGUCGGGGGACUUGGGAUCAGCAUCAAAGGAGGGAAGGAGAAUAAAAUGCCCAUCCUCAUCAGUAAGAUUUUCAAGGGGCUCGCAGCGGACCAGACACAGGCUCUGUACGUCGGGGACGCCAUCCUGUCCGUGAACGGCGUGAACCUGCGGGACGCGACCCACGACGAGGCUGUGCAGGCACUGAAACGGGCCGGGAAAGAGGUGACACUGGAAGUGAAGUACAUGCGCGAGGCCACACCGUACGUCAAAAAGGGCUCCCCAGUGUCAGAGAUCGGCUGGGAAACACCCCCUCCUGAAUCUCCCCGUCUCGGCAGCCCUCCAAUCACCUCCUCCUCAUCCUCCUCUUCACCUGACCCUCCGAGCUCUCCUACCCAGCCGUCCCUGUCUCUGCAGGGCGACAGGAGGUGCAUACCACUCAAGAUGUGUUGUGUAACCCGAGCCAUGACCAUACCAGACCCCGAGAACAGACAACUGGAGCUGCACUCCCCGGAUGCCAGGCACACUGUGGUGCUGCGGUGCCCAGACCAACCAUCUGCCCUGUCCUGGUUCUCUGCCAUGCACUCUGUCACAUCCUCACUGGCACAGCGGGUGCUGGCAGAGGUCAUCCAGAACACAGCCAGGACGGGGGUAGCUGGCAGCAAAGAGAUACGACACCUGGGAUGGCUGGCAGGGAAGACAGAGAGUGAGAAGCAGUGCUGGAAGCCGGUUCUGGUGGUGGUGACGGAGAAAGACCUACUGCUGUAUGAGAGUCUACCACGAGGCAAGGAGGCCUGGCAGAGCCCUGCGCACACAUAUCCACUUUUAGCAACACGUUUGGUCCACUCUGGCCCUGACCGGGGUUCUCCACAUUCUGGCACAGAGCUGUUCUUUGCCACUCGGACUGGCACACGACUCGGCAUCGAGACUCACCUGUUCCGGGCUGAGACCACCAAGGAUCUGUCGCUGUGGACCAGACACAUCGUCAACGGAUGUCACGCCUCAGCCGAGAUGAUCAAAGAAGUCACGACGAGUUGUCUAUACCAGAAUCAAGAGUGCCGGCUGGUGAUCCACUAUGAACAGGGCUUCUCUGUGCUGACUGACCCCAGAUUGGGAGACGGGGAGAGCUGGGAGGAGAGAGGCGCUCAGACACCCACCAGGCCCCGAGUGCUCCUUUCCUACCCCUACGAAAAACUAAAGAUGUCCUCAGACGACGGAGUUCGCAUGCUCUUCCUUGACUUUGGAGGGAAAGAGGGGGAGAUUCAAUUGGACCUCCAUUCGUGCCCGAAGCCAAUCGUCUUCAUCCUCCACUCCUUCCUCUCUGCAAAGAUCUCCCGCCUGGGUCUGGUGGCCUGACCUCUCUGAAAGGACAUUUCAUCUCCUUUGAAAACAGAAAUCCAGCUUGUUUUUACACUUCUCUGCAGCCCGCAUGCAGUAGUACAUCACGUCAAACUCCUUUAGUCGGGGACCCAAGCUGAGUGAAUGUAGCCUCUAUCUGGAAAUUGACCUUUUUGGGUCUUCAAGUUAAAGAAACACUGGAGAAACCAUUUGAGGUUGGUUUUGCUUUGAGUGAUGAUGAUGAUGAUGAAAGAUUUUGGGGGGCGGGGGGUGAUGAACCCUUCCUUUAAGGGCUGCAUGGGCUGAAGUGUUGAUUGAAGAACCACAGAAGUAAAACAGGACUGGGCUAGAAGCAGAGAGAUGACAUUCGGACAGAGGAAGACAGAUUGGGCAUUGCUGUCACAUCUGUGAUUGGAAGGACUGGACACAUGCAGCGUGGAUGAGAAGAAUUCACUUUUAAUUCAAUCAAAAUGUAAUGGCAAACUGCCUUCCAUUUACCAAUUAUAUAAUUUAUUCACCAUUAGCUCUGAAAGGACAUUCUGAAUUUCACUCAGUCAUUUUUCUUCACCAAACACUUGACACACUGUGGAAAAACUUCAUGCAUUUGUCUUUGUUAGCGUCCCCUGAAAUGUCUUGUUAGUGGUGUCAGCAUUCAUCAUUGGAACUCUGCGGGCACAAUCACCCGCACAAUUACCCAAAACAUGACAGCUGACUCAAAUUCAAAAUGUCACAGUAUUCUUUUAACAAGUUGCAUGCUGUGACUGUGCGGUGGUCAAGGUAUUUCAGUGUUUGACUGAUCUGACAGUGAUCUGAAGUCAGUUCUGAUGCUUUCAAAUAUCAAAAAACAUUGGCUUCAGUCACGAUGAAUUACAAUAUACUCAAGCAUUCAGAUUUCAUUAAUCACUUGUUUAAAUCCCUGGUGCUGUUAGUCAUUCAAAACCAGAAAAAAACAAUAUCCAACUCAUGAACAACCCGAGCUUAAUAGCUUGCAGCUGUGCAAGUCCUAUGGGCAAUUUUAUACCAUGUCCAUUAAAAGUUCUUGUUUUUGCCAGGCUCAGGUUGUUAUUAGAAGUGUCUGACAACAUUAUGGAAAAGACCCUACCGAGAAAUGUAAUGUUUUUCCUUACAUUUCACUGAUCUGGUCUGUUUGUUAGUGUGUGUAACCAAGUCUUGCUCAAGGAGAAGUCUCAUUCUGAAAUCACACAGACUUUUUCACAUCGUUCAGAUCAGCAAAAUAUGAUGAACUCUUCCUGGCAGUCCCCUCUCUCUAACUCUUGCUAACGUAUCCACCGUUGCUUUUCCUGCAAGAAGUCACCUCUCCUGAGAUUUCAGAAUGAGACCUCUCCUCGAGCAAGACUUGGUCACAAUAACAAACAGACCAGUGAAAGGUAAAGGGCAAAGGUAAAAAAUAUUGAAGUUCGCCUUUCAUUGAGGAGUUUCAGAAAUGCUAGUGGGAAGAUUUUGUUACUUGUGGACAGGCUGGCUGUUUCCCAUGUUGGGCUAAGCUAACUAGCCUCGGACUAUAGCCCCAUAUAUUUAACGGAUAGACAUGAGAGUGGUAGCAUAUAUAUCUUCUCAUCCAACUCUCAGCAAAACAGUGAAUGAGCGUACUUCCCCAAACUGUUAAACUGUUCUCCAAAGGGUCUGCAGUCUGAUCAGACAUGAUGAUACUGUUCGCUCCCAGUGGAAAAGGAACUGUUCAUGAUUAUAAGCCGGAUUUACUAGCUGAAAUCCUUUGAUACUCUUGUUGGAACUGAUCCUGUUUUCCUGGUUAUCUGACAACAGCAAACUUCUCUCUUGAGUACUUCUAAUAUUCACAUUUCGAAAACUGAAACUCAAUCAAACGGUGCCACAAUCACCUCAUCAAGUAUCAUUUGUCUUUCAUUAAAGCAAGGUAGCCAUGAUUGGAGUCUUCAAUCCUGCUUUAGUCCCGCAGCAGCCAUGGCAGUGCGUGUGUGUCUGUGUGUGUUUGAAGGUGCGUUGGUGCAGCCUGUAUAUGGGGACAUUUCACUGGUAUUGGCACUGACCUUAUGAGGACACCACUGACUUGUGAGGACAUUGCCCAUGUCCUCACAAUUCAAACACUGUAGAAGCACUCGUAAGAAGUCGUAACAAGCGCCCUCACGCUUUUUCUUGGUAUGUCCCCAUAUGUGUGUGUGUGUACUGCGCUGUCUCUGCCAUGGCUGGCUGCCAGGUCUUUCCUCGUGCCUUCAGAUGACUGAGAAGAAGACAUUUGAAUUUUGAAUGCGACAAUGUGACUCCUAUUAUGGCUACUUUACUUUUGCUUAUAAGUGCAGAAACCAGCAGUGAUUUUGUCUUUGCUUUCUUCUUCAUAUCAGUCACACAUUUCCUGUGAUCAUUCACACCAAUGAUUGUAUAUAUAGAUGGACAAAGCAUCUCCACUUCCUCCAAUAUUGCAAAAAUGAGGUAUGGAGUAUGGCUGCUGUCAUCUUGCACUGGUGACAUCAUUGGAGCCAGAGUCUGCCCAGUAGCGAUGUCUGCAAUGUCGAGGUCCCACCCACACACCUUUCUGACCAGUCAAUCAUGACACCACACCCCAUGGCACCCCUAGCAUGAAGAGCUAUCUAAAAUGACAGAAACCAUGUUUAGGAAAAAUUAAUUUGACAUAUUUUUAGUUGGGCCCAUCUCCAUCCGCUAAGGGGUGGGGUUUCUGAUCUGUAAUGCAGCCAGCCAACAGGGAGCAAUCGAGGUAUUUUGGCUUCACUUUGGAGGAGCUCGUCCAUCUUUAUAUACAGUCUAUGAUUCACACACACACUGUGAAGAGUGAUUUACACAUUGUAAUCCCACCACUCUCUAGAAGAAAUAUCAUCUGUUUUUUUGAAACGUAAAGAUAGUGGCAGCAUUGUAACACUUUUGUUCAGCCAAGAAGCCAGCACUUACUGAUAACCUCAAGUGGAGAGAAGCUCUUUGAGUAAAGGCUGCUUUGAUAUGUAGAAUACUCCGAUGCCUUUGGCAGCUACUGUACUGUCACUCAGAAUGAUGAAGCCUAGUUUUUAACUGAAACGGUGCACAUAAAUCAUGUAUUUAACAAAAGCGACACGAUGAGUUUGUUUUUUAUUGUCUUCACUUGUCGUUUAUUCAUUUCUCAUCAACAGAGGAAGCCCGGAAA